AUGACGCUCGACGUGCUUGAGCUCGUGUUGGGCCAGGUCGGCAUCGAGUACCGCCGCUUCGACGGCUCGACCAGCGCCGCCGACCGGCAAGUCAUCAUCGACGAGUUCAGCCGCGACGGGACAGUGACGGCGCUACUCGUCACGACGCGCGCGGGUGGACUCGGCAUCAACCUCACGUCGGCCGACACGGUGAUUUUGCACGAUUCGGACUUCAAUCCGGCCGCCGACAAGCAGGCAAUGGACCGGUGCCAUCGGAUGGGGCAGACGCGGCCGGUGCGCGUGAUUCGGCUGGCGUCGGAGAGCACGGUGGACGAGCGGAUCAUCGCACUCGCGGCGGACAAA